AGGUUGCAUCCUUCCAUGCGCAAAAGGCUGUACAGUUUGCCACAGCACGUCGGCCGGAGCGCUUCGACCAUGUGCGACGGGGAUGACGGAGACCGCGACUCGCACCGGAGGAGCAUCCGGAUGAAGCCACUUGCUUCCCCGGGCGCCGCUGAGAGCAGCAGGAGCGCAGACACGGCGUCCGUGGCGUCCGCGGCAGCCGCGCUCUCAGACCCGGAGCCGGCCCGAGGCGCGAAAAGCAACUCAAACGGCGACUGCAGGAGGUUCCGAGGGAGCUUGUCGUCUCUCGCCGGCCGCCACAGCCACGAAUCGGACUCGGCUGAAGAGAAGCGUCUGAUCAGCGAAGCAGACCCGAGCCCGAGCGAGGAGAGUCCUCCCGGGGCGAGAGGUGGAGGUAGUGGAGGUGGUAGUGGCGCCGGUAGCACCGCUGGUGCAGGUGUGGAACCAGGAGCGCACGACUCUCCAGAGCGGUUUGCCAAGCUGGACGGCGGCAUUGAGCACGUCCUGCCCGACGAUGAGAGGUACUACCAGGCGGGGUUCAUGCACAGGCAGUUUGGUGCCAUGCUGCAGCCCGGGGUGAACAAGUUCUCUCUGAGGAUGUUCGGGAGCGAGAAGGCAGUGGAGCGUGAGCAGGAGCGCGUAAAGUCGGCCGGAUUUUGGAUAAUACACCCCUACAGUGAUUUCAGGUUCUACUGGGAUCUCACUAUGUUGUUACUGAUGGUGGGAAACUUGAUCAUCAUCCCUGUGGGCAUCACCUUCUUCAAGGAUGAGCACACUCCUCCCUGGAUCGUCUUCAACGUCGUCUCGGACACCUUCUUCCUCAUGGACCUGGUGCUCAACUUUCGCACGGGCAUCGUCAAGGAGGACAAUACGGAGAUUAUACUGGACCCACAGCAGAUAAAGAUUAAAUAUCUGCGCUCGUGGUUCGUGGUGGACUUCAUUUCCUCCAUCCCAGUGGACUACAUCUUCCUUAUUGUAGAGACACGGAUCGAUUCGGAUUUCUACAAGACUGCGCGCGCACUUAGGAUUGUCCGUUUCACAAAGAUACUCAGUCUGUUACGACUGCUGAGGCUGUCCAGACUCAUACGCUACAUUCAUCAAUGGGAAGAGAUUUUCCAUAUGACCUAUGACCUUGCCAGCGCGAUGGUGCGUAUCGUGAAUCUGAUUGGCAUGAUGCUCCUGCUGUGCCACUGGGAUGGCUGCCUGCAGUUCCUCGUACCCAUGCUGCAGGACUUUCCUCCGGACUGUUGGGUCGCCAAAAACAAAAUGGUGAACGAUACGUGGGGCCAGCAGUACUCGUAUGCCCUCUUCAAGGCUAUGAGUCACAUGCUGUGCAUCGGUUACGGCAUGUAUCCUCCUGUGGGAAUGACGGAUGUUUGGCUCACCAUCCUCAGCAUGAUCGUCGGAGCAACAUGCUAUGCAAUGUUUGUGGGUCACGCCACAGCGCUUAUACAGUCUCUGGACUCCUCACGCAGACAGUACCAAGAAAAGUAUAAACAGGUGGAGCAGUACAUGUCGUUCCACAAGCUGCCAGCGGACAUGCGUCAGAGGAUCCACGAUUACUACGAACACCGUUACCAGGGCAAGAUGUUCGAUGAGGAGAGCAUCCUGGGGGAGCUGAACGAGCCGCUCCGGGAGGAAAUAAUCAACUUCAAUUGCCGAAAGCUUGUGGCAUCGAUGCCUCUGUUUGCCAACGCUGAUCCGAAUUUUGUGACGUCGAUGCUGACGAAGCUGCGCUUUGAGGUUUUUCAGCCUGGAGACUACAUCAUCCGAGAGGGCACCAUUGGAAAAAAGAUGUACUUCAUACAGCAUGGAGUUGUUAGUGUGCUCACUAAAGGGAACAAGGAAACCAAGCUGUCAGAUGGGUCCUACUUUGGAGAGAUCUGUUUACUGACGAGAGGAAGGCGGACAGCCAGUGUCCGAGCGGAUACGUACUGUCGUCUGUACUCCUUGUCAGUGGAUAACUUUAACGAGGUGCUUGAAGAAUAUCCUAUGAUGAGGAGAGCCUUUGAAACUGUCGCCUUGGAUCGCCUCGAUCGUAUAGGAAAGAAGAACUCUAUACUGCAGCACAAGGUCCAGCAUGACUUAAAUUCUGGUGCCCUCAAUUUUCAAGAAAAUGAGAUUAUCCAACAGAUAGUGCAGCACGAUCGGGACAUGGCGCACUGUGCCCACCUGAUGCAAAAUCAAUGCUCCCCAGCUCCUCCAUCACCUACUCCGGUUAUUUGGGCCCCACUCAUCCAGGCCCCUUUACAAGCAGCUGCUGCUACAACAUCAGUUGCUAUUGCCCUGACUCACCACCCACACCUGCCUCCCACACUCUUUCGUCCUUCUACCUCCUCUUUGGGCUCAACAAAAGAACCACAGCGAAACAGGUUCCAGGUUGUGCCCACAUCAACAGCUCCAGGUUCAGCUGGAGACUCGCCUUCGAGCACUCCUCCAAAGCCUCGUUCUGGGCUGGACACUCCUCUACUUGCAACCUUCCGCGCACAUCAUUUAACAGGGCCAGGUGAAUCAAGCAGUAGCACCCAUCAGUCCUCCAGAGGCAGCAUAAGCGGAGUUUCACAUCCUGGGCCUGGUAGAACUUCUGCGAUUACUACUAGCAAUUUUUCCAGAUCUGCAUCUCCACCAUGUAGUACUGCACAGCUCCAUCCUCCACCCAAGUACAAGCAGCCAUUCCCACCAAGUACUCCACCACUGUCUACUCACUUCCAGCAAGGCACCACAGAUGCUGGGACCUUUUCUGGGGCAGCAGCCGAUGGUGCAGUAAGCAUUGCUGUGAGUGGAGCAGUGGGGGACAUGUCAAGUGGAUUGACUGCAAGUGGGUCUCCUGGGGGUCCAUUAGUUGGUGUCACCUCUGGGAUCUUGACCACAAUAUCUUCAAAUGUUAGCCCUCUUUCAACUGGAUCAUUCAGCCAUACCCAGAGUCAGCAAACACAAAAUGCCAAACAGACAUCCACAUUUCAUCAGUUUGCUGGUGGGGGUGGCAGGACUUCUAGUACAUUAAACCUCUUCCAUACACCCACAACAGGAUCCCCAUCCUCCACCAUUUCCCACAUCACUCCAGCCCUUGAAGGCUCUCCUUCAUCAAAUACACAGUCUUUUAACAUACGGUCCUCCUUUUCCUCCCAGCUGCCUUUAGAAAGGUCAGCAUUAGCAUCUUUAGCUCAAUACGGCUCAGCUAAUGCUUCCCCCAGCUACACUCCUCUUCCACCCACCCCUACAGUUCAAAGUCCUGGAAGAACUUUCCGAUACAGUGAACCCUCUAGUGCUGCAGGUUCCCACAGCUCUCUGCUUAUGCCUCAGCAUCCCUACCCUGUUCAACUACCCAGCUGCAACACUUCAGGAACUGAAUCGCCGCUGGGCCGCUUCUCUGAAGAUAUGAAACUGUUGUCCGCCUCUCACCCCUUGCUAAGUGAAGAGGUAGCCCAGGCUAUGGCUCACUCCUCCCCUCGAUCAUCUGUUGAGCCUGGCUGCCACCUUUCUCCUUACUCUUCCCCAACGCUGAUGCCUAAGCCGUGCAGCUCCAUAUCGGGGCACUUUCCUUCCCCUUUACAGACUUCUCCCUGUACACGUCAUCACACCCCAAGCAUAGGGACGUCACCCUCCUUUCCAUUCCGCAGAGCCUCAGAGGCCCAUCCUUCUGAACUGGAACCUCUUUACACCAAACUUCCCUCCAAUUUGUGA